GUCACAAURUAACGGUUUAGAAGCGCUUUGCUGAUUGGURGAUUAUUACUUUAGGUAAACUAUGAAUAAAGAUUAGCAUUGGGUUAUUAACAUACUGUUUACAAGGAUCGUAGUUAACUCUGUUAGAUUCGCACGUGGAAGKUCUCCUAUGACUAAGUAAUCAUGUCAAAUAAGUAUUAUUAUAAAAAAGACGGUAAUGAAGGGUUGAGGGACUUAGACUCGCGUACAGUCCCGAGCACGGCUGAGCUUCUUGACCCGGAGUCAGGAAGUAUAGGGAUGGUAGAUGACUUGGCUAAGCCUGAGCCUGAAGUAGAAGUACAAGAAGAGGAACGUGAGAAAUGGGGCAACAAGAUAGAUUUCAUGUUAUCAUGUGUGGGGUACGCUGUUGGUCUUGGAAAUGUUUGGCGUUUUCCUUAUCUGUGUUAUAACAAUGGCGGAGCAUCAUUUCUUAUCCCGUAUUUUCUGAUGCUUGCGUUUAAUGGCAUCCCAUUGUUUUACAUGGAGUUGGCUGUUGGGCAGUAUCUUAGUCUAGGAACGAUAGGGGCAUGGACAGCACUGUGUCCCCUAGCACGAGGUAUUGGAUUUGCUAUGAUCACACUGUCUUUUCUCGUUGCUGUCUACUAUAAUAUCAUCAUCGCUUGGGUCAUGAUGUUUCUCUUCCAAUCUUUCCGUACCGAAGUUCCAUGGAAGGAUUGCGGUAACGAAUGGAAUACGGAUUUUUGCAGGACGCAAAGAUACGUAGCGGGCAAUACGACUUUUAACUGCACGGCAUAUGGGCUGCCAUUAAACUGCAGUAUACCGAACUGGAAAUCACCAGCUGAGGAAUUUUUUAACAAUAGGAUACUGCGCAUCAGCGAUAGUAUUGGUAACCUUGGUUCCAUGAGCUGGGAGACAACUAUAAGUUUGUUGGGUUCCUGGGUUUUGGUUUACCUGUGUCUUAUGAAAGGAGUCAAAUCGUCUGGAAAGGUGGUAUACUUCACUGCUACGUUUCCGUACGUGGUUCUAGUCAUUCUGUUCUUCCGUGGUGUCACGUUAGACGGUGCCGGAGAAGGAGURCUAUUUUAUAUCAACCCAGAYUGGGARAAGCUCGCAAAUCCUAAGGUSUGGGUUCGUGCCGCUACUCAGAUCUUCUACUCACUUGGUGUAGGGUUUGGUUCKCUYYUGACYUUCGGAAGCUACAACCGUUUCCAUAACAACUGUGAGAAGGACGCUUUAAUCGUCUGUCUUAUCAACUGUGGUACAAGUUUCUUCGCUGGUUUUGUUAUAUUUAGUGUCAUGGGUUACAUGGCAUUCGUCCUGGAGACUACAGUAGACAAAGUMGCAGACAAUGGUCCAGGACUUGCAUUUGUAGCAUACCCAGAAGCCAUCUCUCAGAUGCCUGUGUCGACAUUAUGGUCUAUAUUGUUCUUCUUUAUGUUGAUAACACUUGGACUUGACAGCCAGUUUGCRAUGGUUGAAGUGGUAGUCACYGCGGUUUCCGACGAAUACCCGAAGUAUCUYCGAAAAUACAAAUGGUUGUUUCUYAUUGUGACUUGUGUGCUUCUGUUUCUACUUGCGUUACCGAUGUGCGCCGAGGGUGGCAUGUAYGUGUUUAAUCUAUUUGAUUAUCAAUCUGGAGGAAUUUCUCUACUAGUKGUUGGGUUUUGUGAAGCUCUGGUUAUCGGUUGGGGAGUAGGGACCGAUGUUCUGUCCAGAAUGGUCGAAAACAUGACGGGUAAAAAACCACACAUAUACUUCAUGAUAUGUUGGAAAUACCUCUCUCCUGUAUUCACRCUGGGAAUCAUUAUAGCCCAGUUAGCAAUGUGGGAAGGAGUAAGUUACAAUAAAAAGCCCUACCCCGACUGGGCAGAGUUCUUUGGAUGGCUGAUAGCGUUUGCGUCGAUGAUUCAAAUCCCCAUCUUUGCSUGCAUUCAGUACUAUUAUGCGGAAGGGAAAACGUUUAAAGAGAAAAUGCAAGUUUUAUUGAAACCCGACCCCAAGGCAUUCAAAGAAGUGGAAAAAAGAGAAAAAAUCAAAUCACCCAUCUUUUUACCCGAUUUAUCRACUGAACAAGGUUUACUGUCAGAUAACGCAAACGGAGAUGCAACAUUACUCUAGGGUAUCUGAAACACAGGAUUGAACACCAUGAAAUACUGGAAUCCCAAUGAAUUUGAUUAUACUGAAAGAACUGUUUAAAAAAUACACGAAGUCCAAGCACUUUGCCUGGAAAUGAGCGGCUUGAAGUUUACAUUUAACAGCUAUUUCAGAUGUUUUUAAAGUCCAUUAAUAAUCGCUGGCUGUAUUUUGUACAUAGUUUUAUAUUUAUAAGUUUUAUAUUUAUAAUUAUAUUUGAAUUGUUUUAAGGUAUUUUACACUAUUGUUUAGYAUUGAUAUUUAUAGGUAGUACUGAAAUUGUUAUUACCAAUAAAUAUAGUGCAAUGUUUUAC